AAAAAUGCGUCCAUAGUACUUUUCAUAUAAGAAAUUACAAGGUACUGCCGAUUUUAUUCUCUGCUCAUGAAUUGGUUUAAUAUAUUGAAAGUGAGUACAAUCUUUUGUUUUCCAAUUCUCUUCUCUUAAUAUAUGCUAUGCCUUUGUAUUUUGGUAUUACCAUCAUCAUCUACCUAUACUUCCCACUUACUUUAAGUAUACAGGCUUAAGCAUUAGUACCUAUAUCAAUACCUCAUACUAUUUAGCUUAAGGUUUCCUAUGUCUUUGAUUAACUCUGUUAAAAAUUCUCUGACUGCUUCAGCCCUUUCAUACUUCACAACGGGUGUUCUUGUAGGCACUUCAUGUGGUUACCUUUUAGGAUGGAAAAAUGCAUUUCAGAGAUCUAGAAUUGGUGAUAGUAAAACUAUAACAGAAGAUUCAACCUCGAGUCGCGACAAAGCUGAUGUUUUACCAGGAAAGAAGGAAGACGUUAGUGAGAGUGAAGAGAGCUUCACCGAAGAAGAAGAUUCUGAAGCGGAAUUAGCUGCAAUUCUAAAAGGAAAAAGCAGCCUUUCUGCUUUGGCCUUAGCCGAGGGUCAAACAAAAAUGGUGCUUGUUGUCCGUACAGAUUUGGGCAUGACGAAGGGAAAAAUAGCUGCUCAGUGUGCUCAUGCAGCUUUAGCAUGCUAUAAGCUUGCAGCAGCCACGGAUCCUGAAUUGUUGCAACUAUGGGAGGCUGCUGGCCAAGCGAAGAUUACGUUACAGGCUCAGUCGGAAGAGCAGCUUCAAAUUUUGCAAGCUCAAGCUAUGUCGUUGGGACUAUCGGCUAGAAUUAUUCAUGAUGCUGGACGUACCCAAAUUUUCUCUGGUUCCGCAACCGUUUUAGGAAUUGGACCUGGUCCGGUAAGCGUAGUUAAUGAAGUCACAGGCAGUCUUAGGCUGUUUUAGAGUAAAGAGAUAUGAAUAAUCUUUUUAUUUUAUCUCUUGAUUUUAACGAUGCUUUCACGUUGCUGAAAGCUUAUACACGUACCGGAUACUUUGUGGAUAUAAAAUAAAAUCUAUUCAUUGUUGACUA